AUGACCGAUGUUAACCCUGUAGAAUUUGAAAUGGCACCACUAAGAAACCGUGCAAGGACUCCCGAGACACUCGUUAACGACCCACUAGCCCAGAACCUGCAACAAUUGACUCUGAUCGCCCAGACACUGAGAAACGUCAUCCUAAACAACAACAACAGUCCGCCACUGAACGAGAACCACGAUGCAGCUUGCCAAGUAUCCAGCCACCGUCCUCCUACCUUCGCCGGGGAAGAGGAUCCUACGACACUCGAAGAAUGGAUCCGAACGUUCGAUAAGAUCUUCGAAGUAGUGGGUUGCCCGGAGGAACGUCGUGUCGAACUGGCGACAUUCUACUUUGAACACGAGGCUGACUUAUGGUGGUUCCACGAAAGUCCGGCCUUUAGACAAGAACCGGGUUUCAACUGGGAAACCUUAAAGACCAAGUUGCGAGAAAGCUUUUACCCCGCACACGUAAGAUCAGCAAUGUACGAAGAGUUCCUUCACCUAAAACAGGGACUCGCUACAGUAGUGGAAUACCACAAGAGAUUCCUAGAAUUGACUCGUUUAGCACAGAUGUUGGUACCUACGGAGGCGACUAAAGUAGACAAAUUCGUUGCUGGGCUCAACUUUGACGCUAGGAAGGCCUUAACCGUGAGCAAACCUAGAACCCUCAACGAAGCCUAUGCUAGCGCCGCCAACCUCUAUUGA